GAUAUGAGCGAAACUGAAUAUUAUAAUCGAUUUCAUUCAUUUUAUAAUUUUUCAACUUCAUUAAACCAUUGAUUGUGCUCUUUUUACUCUGUGGGACUAAAUGAUGCCUAUGAAACUAAAAAGUGAGAAGAAAAAGAUUUUAUGUGAUUGUUGGUUUAGUAGCGAAAAUGGUAACAGAAUGGAUUCUUUAUAAGAGAAAAACUUAUUCAUAUUACUAAAUAAUAUUUUGUAAAAUUUAGUUUUAUACUGUGUCACAUCAUUGAAGGGUAUAUUGGUCCCAAAAGUGUAUUUAGCGUUUGUUAUAGAAUUUUGACAUUAUUUAUAGGUAAAUAUUAUGAAUGGUUUGUUUCUUCUGGGUGGUAUCAGAAUUCAAUAAUAAUUAUUUCGAAGAAUGUUUACAAUGCCCGCGUUUUUUAUAUUUGAUCCAAGCUGAUAUUCAUUUGUGAUUAUACCCACUAUUGUUGUUUAUAAGUUUUGAAGUAUAGAGAAGAUUUCAGAAAGUAUGAAUGGUACCAUGGACCAAAGGAACAAAAUGCAUAUUCCUAAAACGAUGAAAAGUUAUAAGUUAUUAGUAGAUCCCUUUCUUGUUAAAGGGACUGCUAAAUUAUAUAGAUAUGAUGGUGUGGUUCCGGAUGAUAGUACAUAUCAACCAGUUAUUCCAAGAGAUCCUCGUUCACAUUUAACAAGAAUUUGGACUCGAUUAGAAACUUUGGAUCUUCCUGUCCCUAGAUUCAAAAUCGACAGUAAUUAUGUAGGUGAACCACCUGCAAUUGAAGUCACUAUUCUUCAGCUGAAUGAUAACAUCGAUAAACAUUUUCUUAGAGAUGUUGUACAAAAGUUUGGUGCUAUUGAAGAAUUAUUUAUUUAUUAUCAUCCUAUAACUAACAAACAUCUUAGUAUAGGAAGAGUGGUGUUUGAAACAGUGAAAUCAGCAAAAGCUUGCGUUGAGAAGUUGAACAAUACCAGUGUUAUGGGGAAAAUUUUGGAAGUAUUUUUGGAUCCAUUUGGUGAAAAAUGUAAGUUAAAGUUUGAUGAGUAUACAGCAGAAAAGAAACUACCUGAAAUCAUCGCACAACCAAAGGUUGAAUCUGAAAAGGAAGAGAGGAUUGCUGUAGAAUUCAAGGAAAAACAAGAAGAUGAACACAGAAAAAAUGAAAAAAAAAGGGAAAGGGAAAAAAUAGAACGAGAUAGGUAUGGCAGGGUAAGUUUCAGUAGAACAGAUUUUGCUACUCCGAGUGGUAGCUCUGAUUUGGGGUACGGAACAGGACCAAGUGAAUUUUCUACAAAUUAUGGGUCUACUAAUACUACACCAGUAGGGUUCGAAUUUUCACACCCUAGCAUACCACUCACUCCACAAUAUGGUUUUCCUACCCCAAACGCUUACCAAAUGAACCCUCCCCCUCACACAGUUUGGCCAAUGGCAACCCCUGCUUGGCCUACUGAGACUUGGGAAAGAACACCUACUUCUAUUGCUCCCCCCAAAUGGCCAAUUAUAGAAGAAACACAUGUAAAGACAGAAAAAGAUAAAUAUAAGGAUGGAAAAAGUAAAGAGAAAGAAAAAAGAAAGAGUUCUAGUUCUAAUUAUAAGGCCAACAAUGACGAAAAGACUGAUGAAGAAACAAAACUAGAUUUGGACACUAGGAUUGCCCUCUUGCUCAAAGGAAAGGGUACCGGUGGAAUGGCUCCUCCUUUUUUAGCAUUUGGCGAUUCCGAUGACGAGUUCAAAAUGGACAAACAUCCCAAAGGCUUGCCUCUACCACCUUCAAUCGAUAGUGAUGAUGACAAGUCAAGUAUUUCUCUAAGUGAUAUGGCAAUCAAUCCCCCUGCACCAGAUGUAGAUAUACCCCUGGAUGAUGAAACUGCUCCUUUAUCAGAGCCUCCCUCUCCAUUUCUAACUAAGGAAAUAUAUUUGGAAUGUCAUCGCAAUGCGCUUGAAAUGGCUGUUGUGGCAAGACAACGGGAGGCAUUAGAAACCACGGCUCUUUUGAAGAAGGUAAACCUGGAUAAAAUUGGAAGUGAUAUAUCCUCUAGUGAAGACGAAUUGUUGACUGGAGGUAGGAUGAAUUAUAGUCCUAUCGGAAGAUCGGACUUUAAGAAUGAUAAGUCGGAUAAGGAAGAUGACAGAAUGAGCUUGUCAUCGUUGAGCAGUAAUGAUCAGAAGAUAGAGGAAGUCAAACCAGCUCCAUUACCCCCGAAUUUGAGUCAUAUCCCCCCACCACCUGCACCAUAUACGUUUUCACAUCACUAUCCCCCUCCUGGAUACCCUCCAGCUACAUAUUCCUAUCCCGCCACAGCUCCCCUUCCCCUUCACCAACACUCCACCUACCCUCCUACACCCUUUCCAUACGCUACCACUGCCCCGCCCCCUACAGUGUUCCACUUGACUGCGCAUCCGGCGUAUCCUCCCCAAUUCGCCCCCCUCCAUUCUACACCAGCAUAUAUUCCUUCCCAUUUUCAACUACCUCAGCACAAUUUGGAAGAAAAUAAGGACGAUCCCCAUGCUCCAACUAAAAAUGCUAUUAUACAGCAAAUUACCCAAGAACUGAAAUUGAUCCUGAAAAAGGAUUUCAACAAGAAAAUGGUGGAGAAUACUGCAUUUUCGUUGUUUGAGAAAUGGUGGGAAGAAGAAACUUCAAAAGAAAACGAACCAAAGGAAGAGGAAGGAAAUGAGAAAUUGGUGUCAGAAAAAUGCAAUGCCAAUCUCCUACUGGAAGCUAAUCGUGAAAAUAUUUAUAGUAAUUUAGACAGUUUGGCUGGAACUGGUAACCUGGUUUUGGGCAUACGCGCAUCUUUACCCAAAAUGCCUAGUUUUCGAAGAAAAAAAAUUCCUUCACCCAUACCUGAGGAUGAUGACUCAAGAAAAUUGUCUGAUAACGAGGAAAUCAUUAGGGAUUCGGACAAUGAGGUGGUGAACCACUCCAAACCUUUCAGCAGGAUUAGGAAACCAUCGACUAGUUCGAUCAGUUCUUCUGAAAGUUCUGGAUUUUCGAGCGAAAGCGAUAGUUCUAGUAGUGAUGAAAGUUCAGAUUCUGAAGCUGAAGUUGUUGAAACCACCAGAACGUCACCGGUACCAAAACAGGAUGAACUACAGAAAAUGGCCAUUGAACCAUUCGCGAACUUGCCAGACGAUUUACAAGAUGGAAUUUUGCCAACUUGUAAAACGCCUGAACCUGUUUCUGAAUUGGCCAGUCCAGAGGGAAAUCCACCAAAAAAACCUAAACUGGAAAUAUCCAGAAAACGGCCACUUCACAACGAUAGUGAUAGUUCGCUGAGUGAAACGGAAUUGGAAUAUCUUGAGAGAAGACGAAGAAAUACUGAAUGGAUGGAACAAAUUGAACGAGAAAGGGAAGAAAAGGCCAAAGUCGAGGAAAAGGUCGAUAAAAAUGAUGGUGUUUUCGCAGAAGUUGCUGCUCCUAAAGCAGAUAUUAAGACCACAGUGGAAAAUAAAUCUCUGGUAGAGAUGGAAGCAGUUAGGGAUGCUUUGUUACAAGCAAUAAGGAAUCCGGAACCGCCAACUUUGGCAGCAUUGGAUUCGUCUGUUACUUCUUCAAAUAUCCCUGAUAAAGAGCUUCAUAGUGAUGGUGAAGCGCUCACUUCUGAUAAGAAGGAAAAUAUAUUCAAAAAAGAUCUGAAUGGUACCCUUGCUAGAGUGAGGAAAUUGUCAGAAUCCGAUGAUGAAGCUAGUUCUCAUUCUCAGGUUGCAAUGGAACAUUCCUACUGUAUGCCUCACAAAGAAAAUGAAAAAGAUCAGGAAGAAGGUAGUAACAGUCAUGCUGGAAAUAUUGUACAUGAUCAUGGGUACUCGAAUCAAGAAGUUAAAGAGAAUGAAGCACCUGUAGAGGAAAUACCAGCUGUAGAAAAAUCACCGGAAAAGCCUGCCAAAAAAUCUAGAAAGCGAAAGCAGGCUAAACUGCAGGAGCUGCAGAAUACUACAGAUACUAAAGAAGAUAAUUACAAUGGUUACUUUCAGACUCCUUAUACUGUACAUUCUGUGAAACAUAAGGAUAGAGAUAUUGCAGCUCAAAUGGCGAUUUUGUACGAGUUUUUAACUAAAGGGAUCGAUAAUGAAGAUAUUCAGUAUAUGAAGAAAUCUUACGAAGCUUUGUUGGCCGAUGAUGCAAUGAGUUAUUGGCUCAACGAUACUCACUGGGUAGAUCAUUGCGUUACCGAUUUAUUCUCUAAUCCAAGGAGGAAAAAGAAAGAUGAUGUUAAAAUUCAUGAUUCAGGCUGUGCCAGGACGGAAGGUUACUAUAAGAUAUCACCACAAGAAAAACUCAAAUACAAAUAUCAUCACGCUAAGGCGCAUGCUGUGUCACUUUUACCUACUGCUGCCGUUUCAAAGAUGCAGGGCAUUUCGAGAGAAGCAAGAUCUAACCAAAGACGUCUGUUGACUGCCUUCGGCACAGACACUGAUUCCGAUUUACUCAAGUUCAAUCAACUUAAGUUCAGAAAGAAACAACUCAAGUUCGCCAAAUCGGCCAUUCACGACUGGGGACUUUUUGCAAUGGAACCAAUAGCUGCAGACGAGAUGGUUAUAGAGUAUGUGGGGCAUGUGGUUAGGCCUAGUAUUGCCGAUCUAAGAGAAAAUAAGUAUGAAGCGACAGGUAUAGGAAGCACAUACCUAUUUCGUAUCGAUCUUGAAACGAUCAUUGACGCAACAAAAUGCGGUAAUUUGGCAAGGUUCAUUAAUCACAGUUGUAGUCCUAAUUGUUAUGCUAAGGUCAUUACCAUAGAAUCCCAGAAGAAAAUAGUAAUUUAUUCCAAACAACAAAUAGGAAUUAACGAAGAAAUAACAUACGACUACAAAUUCCCACUUGAAGUGGAGAAAAUAGUUUGUUUGUGUGGUGCUGCUUCCUGUCGUGGUACUUUGAACUGAGUUUUUGUAAAUAAAAAAAACCCUUGUGUAAAGACUGUGUGGCUGGUAUCCUAUUUUGCCAUAACAAGUUUAAACUAUUCGACAUUAAAAUAUUUCAUGACUUGAAUUUAUGUGAAAUGAAUAAUUGAAGUAUAUAUUUCAAAAUUGUUUUUUUAUUUGUAAAUAGGUUAAAAUUUUGAUGUACAUAAUUACAGUUUAUUUAGAUUCUUCUCAAAUAAAAUAUUGUAAAUUC